AUGGCGCGGCCCAAGUUCACGGCGGUGCGCGGCGUGAAAGACAUUCUGCCGGAAGAAUCGCCGAACUGGCAGGGAGCCGAGCGCCUGGCGCGCGAGAUUUUCGCGCGAUACGGCUACGGAGAGAUAAGAGUGCCCGUGUUCGAGCGCACCGAACUUUUCGCGCGCGGCAUCGGCGAGGAAACCGACAUCGUCUCCAAGGAGAUGUAUACCUUCAAAGACAAGGGGGGCGACUCCAUCACUCUACGCCCCGAAGCGACGGCCUCCAUUUGCCGCGCCUACGUCCAAAACGGCCUCUACAACCGCCCCGGCGUCUCGAAGCUCUUCUGCAUCGCCCCAUGUUCCGCUACGAGCGUCCCCAGGCGGGCCGCCUGA